AUAUCAUCGAUGACGUAUAGAAUAUUGUGUAGUAACGGGUGUAUGGUUUGUGAAGGAAGAUCUUUUAGUUUCAGUCAAUCGCGAGCAGUCGACCAGAUUUCCCGCCUUUAAGCAAGUAAAUUAAGGCCUAAAAAUGUCUCAUUCCGUGACAAUUCGAACACAAACUGUGACCAGCAGUUCAUCAGCUAUCAUCAUUAAUACUGGCUACUUGAAAUCAUGGAGUGGACUUUUAAAAGUCCUUGAAUUGGCACUGGGAAUAGUAUGUGUUGGACUAAUGGGAUAUUUAUUCGAUAACUAUUACCUCAUUGGUUAUAGUUAUUCCUAUACUAUGAUUCCACCUUCACUGUUUUACUUUUUAAUAGUUACAACAUUUAUGAUAACAACCUUCAUAUUACUAUUAAGUUUCACAGCAUCAAUUUCGACAGAAUCUAUUUUAACAAAAACCGUUUUCGAACUAAUUUAUCACGGACUAGCAUGUUUACUGAUAUUAAUUACGGCAGUGGUUCUCUUUAUAAAAAUGGACAAAAGAGUGAUUCGAUCAACAGAACAAUACAAUCUACUUUUAGCAUCAGCCAUCUGUGCACUGGUCAAUGCAGUUCUCUACCUCUUAAGUGUCAUCAUCGCUUUCCGUUCUUACAGAGGAUUAUAAAAACAUUGAUGAUGGUUUGACACACACAUAAAGUCUUUUUUUUUUAAUGAAAAUUUUAAUUUAGUAAAUAAAUUUUACCAUGACCAUAUAGAAA